AUGUCGUCCACGGGCAUUGACCGCGCGGGGGACCGCGACAAUCUGCCCGGCUACGGCUACGCCAACCACGACCGCCAUGUUGAUGAGAAAACAGUCGGAGAGCCUUACGGCGAGCCGUUCGACGGCGGCUUCCGUUCUUCGCUCGACUCCGGAAACAAACAGGAUCAUACGCAUCGCAAAUUGAAAUCUAGGCACAUUCAACUAAUUGGAAUCGGAGGCACCAUCGGUACCGCUCUCUAUGUCCAAAUUGGCAGAGGUCUGCUCAACGGCGGGCCUGCAAGCCUGUUCCUCGCCUUCAGCAUCUGGUGCACCUUCAUCCUGGCCGUCACCCUCAGCAUGGCCGAAAUGGUCACCUACCUCCCCAUCUCCAGCCCCUUCAUCCGCUUCGCGGGCCGCUACGUCGACGAGGCCUUCGGCUUCGCCGCCGGCUGGAACUUCUUCGUCUUCGAAGCCGCGCUCGUCCCCUUCGAAGUCGUCGCCUGCAACCUCAUCAUCCACUUCUGGAGCGACGCCGUUCCCGCGGGCGGCAUCAUCGCCAUCAUCCUCGUCCUCUACGGCCUCAUCAACGUCAUGGCCGUCCAGUGGUACGGCGAGACCGAGUUCUGGGCCGCCCUCGGCAAGUUCCUCCUCAUCGUCGGCCUCAUCAUCUUCACCUUCAUCGUCAUGCUCGGCGGCAACCCCCUCGGCGACCGCUUCGGCUUCCGCUACUGGAACGACCCGGGCGCCUUCGCAGAGCUCUACUACUCCGGCAGCCUCGGCCGCUUCCUCGGCUUCCUGCAGUGCCUCAUCCAGGCCUCCUUCACCAUCGCCGGGCCCGACUACGUCGCCAUGGCCGCCGGCGAGGCCGAGAACCCCCGCAAGGUCAUGCCCCGCGCCUUCAACGCCGUCUUCUACCGCCUCACCGCCUUCUUCGUCCUCGGCUCCCUCUGCGUCGGCAUCCUCGUGCCCUACAACGACCCCGAGAUGACCGCCGCCUUCAAGGACGGCCAGCCCGGCGCCGCCGCCUCGCCCUACGUCGUCGCCAUGAACCGCCUCAAGAUCGGCGUCCUCCCGCACAUUGUCAACGCCAUGGUCCUCACGGCGGCCUUCUCCGCGGGCAACUCGUACGUCUACUGCGCCUCGCGCUCGCUGUACGGCCUUGCGCUCGAGGGCAAGGCGCCCGCCCUGUUCAAGAAGUGCACCAAGAAGGGCGUGCCGGUGUACUGCGUCAUCGCCGUGCUGCUCAUUGGGUUGUUGAGCUUCCUCCAGCUGAGCAACAACACGGCCGUCGUGCUCGACUGGUUCGUGAGUCUGGUGACGGCGUCGCAGCUUAUUAACUUCUCGUGCAUGUGCACGGCGUACCUGGGCUUCUACCGCGCUCUGAAGGCGCAGGGCAUCAGCCGCGACUCGUUGCCGUACAAGGCGUGGUUCCAGCCGUAUGCGGCGUGGUAUGGGCUGAUUGGCACGUUCAUCAUGACCUUUGUGGGAGGGUACACGGUGUUCCUGCCUCUGGACGGGUACUGGAACAUUCCCGACUUUUUGUUUUCGUACACCAUGGUUGGCGUGUUCCCGGUUCUGUAUCUCGGAUACAAGUUCGAUAUCUUGAAGUUCAGGAAGCGCACAAGGAUCUUCAAGCCUGAGGAGGUUGACUUGUACCGUAACAAGGACGAGAUUGACGAGUACGAGCGGAACUACGUUCAGCAGCCAGCAAGCAACUUAUUCGAAAAGAUCCUCGACAAGCUCUUCGGCUAA